AUGGGCGAUUCGGAGGGUACGCGGAACAUUGUGAUCUUCAGCAGCACAGAGUAUGUCGCAGAGCAGGCUGUCAGAAUGGGCCAUGUUGCUGACGGGGGACAGGCGGAGUUCUUUGUUCCGCAGACCUCGGCACAGCGGCAGGCUUUUUGGGACCUGGCGGACAAGAAUGGCAUGUGCCUGGAUACCAGCUACCACGGAACAAAAGGCCAAGAGGACUUCCGCUCCGGAGACGUGGUGCGGUUGACCAAGUGCCUCGGGGAUAGCUCCUCCGCUACCGACGAGGAAAAUCCGGGGGAUCUACAAGGUGGGGUAGACUUCCUCGCGGAAAGAAGAGGCCCUCUCCCAGUACCCGACCCGGAGCCAGCGAUUCCUUCAUCCUCGCACUUGAUCCAGCAGGCCUUCGAUGCCUAUGCCACUGGCAGCCAUUCUGGUGAGAGGACCUUCCUGAGAUUUGUGGAUUUGAAGGCGUUCGCUACAGACAUGGGUGAGCAACUGCCGCAGAGGAAGCGAUCUGCCUUCGCGGAGUUUAGCGCUGUCCUGGAGAAUUGCUUUGAUGACACCGCCCAGUUGCAGUCCGACAUCGGCAUCCGCAUGGGCUCAGGACUCACGCAGAAGUUUUUCCAAGUCUUCAUCCAGAAGGCCAUGCACCGCUUGGGGUUGCAAGUUGCCUCUGUGCUCUUCGAGGUGCUGAACCAGCAUACCUGA